AAUUUUAAUUAAACAUUGGAUUUAGGAUCGAAGGAUUUGAAUAUCUGAAACCUUAACUUUCGAGGUUUGCCUUUGUCAUAUGAAUUUAACUUCCUUUAGAGAUCGCAAGUAAAUUUAUCAAGUGUAAUGUAUUGCAUAUCAAGACAAUGUGAAGGUAAUUUGUCUUAAAGUAACAGAGCAGCAGCAGCAGGUUCUGUUUAAGCUUGGCUUUGAUCUGCAGCAGCUGUGAAAUUGCCCGAACAUGCCCCUUUUUGAUUUAACUAUAUAGUCCAGAUUUCCCAGCUGACUGCUGAGAAACUAUUUACUUUGAGCACCACCAUGUGGCUACAGCAGAAACCAUGAUUUAAGUUAAAAUUCUCUUCUUCAUGGAAUUUCACUGACAGAAUGUGUUUUAUAUGGCACCAUGCAACAGUUUUACCUAAAUAAAUACUCAUAAUAAUAAUUCAGCUAGAACAACUGUGACGUUAUGUGGUAUAUCUUACUGUAAAUCACUCAAGACUCACAUAGGCUAAAUAUAUCUUAUUUUAAGGAUGUUCAAAUUUGAAUAAAAAAUACACAGAGUAGUAGUAGUAAUCGUAAUAGUAUGGUCAUACACAGCAUUAACACAAAGAAAAUGAAAUAUGGACAACAUUUCAAAAAUAAGGGUAAAGUAUUUUAUGCAUGUUCUGGGUUGUUUAAUUUCCUGCCCAAAGUGCACAAUGCUAAAUUUGCCACAUCACAGCUUGGCACACCAUCACAUUGCAAGGAAAGAUUCACAUUUUGGCAAUGUUAGUCUAUCUACAGUAGAUCCCAGCAUUCGUGUCCAAGUUUCAGUUCAGUUAUAAUGGAAUGUCAGCAGUGAUUGAGAAUGAUUUCCCUGCUCCAACAGGAAGGAUGUGAUGGCCUACCUGUUUCCCUUAGUGUUUGGUGAACUUGCAUUACCUUCCUCAAGUACACAUUUACAAUAAAGCUGAAGCUGCCAGAUCUGUACUGUAGUUACUUAAAGAGAAACCACUUUUCCUGCAGUGAACAAAGUGAGUGUUUACUGAGCUAGAAAGAGUUUAGAAGAACUUAAUGUAGGCUACCUUUCGUUGCUCGUUCCCGGAGACUUGACAGAAAAGUUGGCUGUUGACUAUGAAAGCUCUUCCGAAUCUGUUCUGUGGCUGCGAUGACAGUCAACAGAACUAUAGGCUGUAAAUAAUAAAAAGGAUGAAAAGGGCUUACAGGUGUUCCUUGACGUUUCUAUCACUUUUGUGUAUCUUAAAAGUAUGUGAACAGUGCUCAUCUGUUCGAGCAAGACGUAAAACAAAGUUUGUGGCGGAGGGCAGCAGUCUCCAGUUGAGCUGUGAAGUGCAACAUUGUGGGCUUCCUGGUUGGACUGGAGAAUGGAAUUUCCAGGAGUUGGACAGAACAGGAUUUACUUCACUCACUCCCUCUGAACGAAUCGGGAUGUCCAAUUACAGCUCAUCAUCCAAUAGCACACAUCUGUUACUCCACAUUCACAACAUCAACCAGUCAGAUGCUGGAGCAUACCAUUGCCAGAUAUCCUGGCCUCAGAAUUUAACUAGCAAAGGACACAUGACAUAUGUUAAUGUGACUGCAGCCGCAGUAGACUCAUCAGUCAGAAGCCUCUCUCAUAGAGUUCUGCUUUGUUUUGGUGCCUUGACGUGUUUUCCUGUUGUUUUGGGAUUUGUUUGGUGUCUCACCCGGGAUCAUCAUCCACCACCACCCCCUGUCCCACCUCACCCCCGCAUGUCCUAUGCAUAUAGAGUGAAACCAAAAAAGGAACUGGUGUAUGCAGAAGUUGCACUGAAUGAUUCAAGGAAUGAUCAUCCAAAACAAGCGUCUAAGCCAACUGUCUAUUCCUCUGUGCAUUUCCCCUGAACAUAAGGACAUCUUGCUUUUCUAUCUCACUUGCGGCUGUGGGUUAUUUUCAAUACCAGAGGAAACAUGACUAUAAACACUGUGGCAGUACAGUUGAAUUGUUAGACAGCAAGAUUGAAAAGUUAUCAACCUGCCUUGGGAUCCUUUGAAAUGUGAAUGCUAGCAAUGUUGCAAUUUGAUCUAUUACACAGUGGUUGUAAUGCCAUAUUGAAUGGUGGUGUUCUUC